UUUUGUUUUAUAAAUAAAACUUUUGCUCUUUAACAAAACAAAAUGCCCGAACAACUCGGUUUACUCUGGUCAAUGCCGGAGACAAAGAAGAAGGCACCGAUUAUUAAGGUAUCCUGCGGCAUUGGCGACACAGAUGGCUUCCCUGCCUUCGAUGUCGAUUCGGAUGCCUAUGCCUCCAAGGAUGAUACCAAAUGGGGUUUUCUAAUAACUGGCGGCUCCGAAUUUCACAUGCCACUCACAGUGUUUCAGGUAUCACCGGAUGGUUUAGCCGAUAAAGCAGGCAUACGUCUAGGAGAUAUCAUAUUAGAGAUAAACGAAGAGGACGCAACUCAGUUGAGUUUAUCAGAAGCCCAGGAGAGAAUCAACGCCUCACCCAAGAAGAUACAUUUUCUGCUGCGCAACAUGGAUGAGGAAGCUGAUCCUUCAGGCAUGUUUGAGCCAGGAGAGGAAAAAUCUAUUGUGAUGCGAGUGCCGAAACCUUUGCCACCUCCAAGUGGUCGCCUUAUGGCCAACUCUAUUGAGUUGAGUCUAUGGGAAAUGCAAUGUAAAUUAUCAGCCAUAGCGGAAAUACCAAAAAUUCUAGCCUCAACAUUGGCCACAGUGUCACAAAGCUAUGAGAAUGUGCAACGAAAGUGUUCUUAUGAUGAAGACGCUCUUGACUAUGAAUUGAUUAAAGAAGAAGAUGAGGAGGACGAGGAGGAUGACGAGAAGCAUGACCUGGUGGAUGAUGAAUCAGAAAGUGACACUGACACUGACAUUGAGAACAAAAUGAAUGAGGUGGAGCAAUCAAAGCUGCUAGUGAAGGAUGUCACACCAGAAUCGGAUUAUGCAUCGGAAGCCAAUUACGCGACAAAUGAGCCAAGUGAUGAGUCUAACGAUGAUGAGGAUAAUGUCGAGGAUGAGGAUGAGGAUGAAGAUGAAGAUGAUGGUAAGGCGGUUUAUUUUCUAAAGCUGCCUGCAGCAUCUUCUCAAGCAGAUGAGGAGAACGAAACCGACACCGAUACCGACAAUUCCUCAACUGACAGCGAUUUUUUGAGCACCACUUAUACCUGGAAUCUGCGCAAUGCGCCAAAGUUGCGUAUAAACGAUGAUAAUAAUGAUGACGACAGUGAUAAUGAUGAUGAUGAGGCCAAGGAGGUGGAGCACAACGAGUUGAAAAGGCAAGAGCAGUACCAGCACCAGGAACUUUAUGAGAAGCCAGCAAUUCGACCUGCUACACCCACGCCAACACCUACACCUCAGGCCAACCCUAUGGCUGAGUUACAAACACAAAAGCUGCUUUUCAAAUUGGAUAAACUGGAGCGUUCUUGGCCCUGGGCAGAUCGAGAGAAAAUCAUCUACAAACAAUCCACUUGCCAUUUAGUGCCCCGGAAACCUUUGGGUCUGGUUGGUCAACGUAUGCAAUUGUUGCUGAAGGAUAAGACCCAGCAAUAGAUUGAUGGGAGGGGGGAGAAAAAAAAACAGAAUACAGGGUGCACUUGGCAUCAGUUUUCAACCCCAAACCAACUUUUAAUUGAGUUUAUUAUGCAAAUUUUUGUGGAGCGACAUCAACAGCAAACUCUCGCCUAACUUUCAUUUACACUCUUCCUAUCAACACU